AUGAAUACAGUCAUUAGUGCGACACGAUCAGAUGAUGCAGCUCGUUUGAAGUCGCAGAUUGGACACUAUGCGGCGCCAAUUCCAUCCGAUGGUGGUUUAAGACCUGCUAUCUACAAUGGCAAUCCCUCCAGAUCGCAUUUGGGUGUGAAUCACCCUGUUUUAGUGUCCUUUCUUUGUCCUGUUUCGCAUCUUGCAGAAUUUAACAGAGACCCAGCUGAGGGCCAGAAGAAACUUGCCAGUGGAGGAAUUCACAUGACUGCAAACGACUUCCCUGCAUUCCUUUGGUCCGGGAACCCCCCUGGAUGUGACUACGACGCUGACGCUAUGACAGAAGGCCUCCUCCAGGGCUAUCUCAUCGAACGUGUAAGUUUUUCUUCGGUAUAG